ACGAAAUCCUUAUUUUAGGAUAUCAACUAUUUAAUGCAAUUGGACCGCGACGCUGAUUCUGACUGAACGACAAGAAAUCCAACACUUAUUACCGCCAUGGAUUUGAGGAUCGCAAAACUUUUCAUUGGGUUUUGUGUGUCGUAUGCAGCUCAUCGUAGCGAUCUUAAUCUCACACGGACAAAAAGACAAGAACWGAUCUCCUUAUUAGAGGAAUGUUUGGUGAUGGCUUUUUUCCUAAAUGAUUCCGUGACACUUGUCAUCAUUUAUCUUUUACUUGGUCGUUUAUACCAUCACGCCUAUCAAUCAGCGAAGGCAAUAGAUUAUGUCAAGAACUUCCUAGGCCUUAUUAMUGCCGUUGGAGGCAAUCAUGCUCUAGAGAUGUAUGCUAACAAACAAUUAGGGAUUGCCUAUCAAUCAUUAAGAGAAUAUCACAAGGCGAUUGAAUAUUAUGAAAAGACCUUAGCCAUUGCUAAAGAGAUUGGUGACAGACAAGUAGAAGUAGAUACUUAUGGAAAUUUAGGAAAUUCCUAUAGAUCACUAGGAGAAUGUCACAAGGCGAUCCUAUAUCACGAAAAGACCCUAUCCAUUGCUAAAGAGAUUGGUGACAGAAAAGGAGAAGCAGCUACUUAUGGAAAUUUAGGGGCUGCCUAUUAUUCAUUAGGACAAUAUCGCAAGGCGAUUGUAUAUCAAGAAAAGAGUCUGAGCAUAGCUAAAGAGAUUGGUGACAGACAAGGAGAAGUAUCUAUUUAUGGAAAUUUAGGGAUUAACUGUCAUUCAUUAGGAGAAUAUCACAAGGCGAUUGAAUAUUGCGAAAAGAGACUGAGCAUAGCUAAAGAAAUUUGUGACAGACAAGGAGAAGGAGCUAGUUAUGGAAAUUUAGGGGCUGCCUAUCAAUCAUUAGGAGAAUAUCACAAGGCGAUUGAAUAUCACGAAAAGAGACUGAGCAUAGCUAAAGAGAUUGGUGACAGACAAGGAGAAGGAACUAGUUAUGGAAAUUUAGGAACUGCCUAUUGUUCAUUAGGACAAUAUCGCAAGGCGAUUGAAUAUCACGAAAAGGCCCUAUCCAUUGCUAAAGAGAUUGGUGACAGAAAAGGAGAAGCAGCUACUUAUGGAAAUUUAGGGACUAACUGUCAUUCAUUAGGAGAAUAUCACAAGGCGAUUGAAUAUCACGAAAAGAGACUAAGCAUAGCUAAAGAGAUUGGUGACAGACAAGGAGAAGGAUCUACUUAUGGAAAUUUAGGGAUUAACUGUCAUUCAUUAGGAGAAUAUCACAAGGCGAUUGAAUAUUGCGAAAAGAGACUGAGCAUAGCUAAAGAAAUUUGUGACAGACAAGGAGAAGGAGCUAGUUAUGGAAAUUUAGGGGCUGCCUAUCAAUCAUUAGGAGAAUAUCACAAGGCGAUUGAAUAUCACGAAAAGAGACUGAGCAUAGCUAAAGAGAUUGGUGACAGACAAGGAGAAGGAACUAAUACUUAUGGAAAUUUAGGAAAUUCCUAUAGAUCACUAGGAGAAUGUCACAAGGCGAUCCUAUAUCACGAAAAGACCCUAUCCAUUGCUAAAGAGAUUGGUGACAGAAAAGGAGAAGCAGCUACUUAUGGAAAUUUAGGGGCUGCCUAUUAUUCAUUAGGACAAUAUCGCAAGGCGAUUGUAUAUCAAGAAAAGAGUCUGAGCAUAGCUAAAGAGAUUGGUGACAGACAAGGAGAAGUAUCUAUUUAUGGAAAUUUAGGGAUUAACUGUCAUUCAUUAGGAGAAUAUCACAAGGCGAUUGAAUAUUGCGAAAAGAGACUGAGCAUAGCUAAAGAAAUUUGUGACAGACAAGGAGAAGGAGCUAGUUAUGGAAAUUUAGGGGCUGCCUAUCAAUCAUUAGGAGAAUAUCACAAGGCGAUUGAAUAUCACGAAAAGAGACUGAGCAUAGCUAAAGAGAUUGGUGACAGACAAGGAGAAGGAACUAGUUAUGGAAAUUUAGGGGCUGCCUAUAAUUCAUUAGGACAAUAUCGCAAGGCGAUUGUAUAUCACGAAAACAGACUGAGCAUAGCUAAAGAGAUUGGUGACAAACAAGGAGAAGGAGCUWGUUAUGGAAAUUUAGGGGGUGCCUAUUAUUCAUUAGGACAAUAUCGCAAGUCGAUUGUAUAUGWCGAUAAGAGUCUGAGCAUAGCUAAAGAGAUUGGUGACAAACAAGGAGAAGGAGCUACUUAUGGAAAUUUAGGGGCUGUCUAUCAAUCAUUAGGAGAAUAUCACAAGUCGAUUGAAUAUCACGAAAAGGGACUGAGCAUAGCUAAAACGAUUGAUGACAGAGAAGGACAAGCAACGUCCCAUCAUAAUAUAGGUCAUGUUUAUCAGUUAGAAUCGAGUAUUAAAGACCUCAGCAAAUCAAAACAACACCUGGAGAACAGCAUACAAUGCUACGAGAAAUUGUUUAAUGAUUUAAAAGACAAUGACCAAUUCAAGGUUUCAAUUGUCGAUACAUUCAUCACUACCUACAAGUUCCUCAGCCAAGUCUACAUCAAAACAAGACAAAKUGAAGAAGCUCUCUUAGUAUGUGAACAUGGGCGAGCACGUGCUUUGAGAGAUCUCUUGUCCCUUGAAUACAACACAACUGAGAAAGUCGAAACAAAAGCACUGGAACUUGCAGAUGUCAAGACAAUUUUCUCUCAUCGUGAAGGCUGCAUUCUUUUUUACAAUGUUCAUAGUAACAAGGUUACUUAUCAUAGCUGGGUCAUAUCAUCCCGAAAUCCAUCAGUUCUCUUUUACGAUGAAAUAGACAAUCGCGAUGCUUUGGCAACAAUUUUGUCGAGCCUCUCUGAUGAUGAGAGAAAACAUACCGAAGCGGGAUAUUUUCAAUAUCUCGUUGACAACUGUUUCCAGCAGCUGAAUGUUAGAGAAGGAAAAGUAAUGAAAUGCGAAGACAGAUCAAUGAAGUCACUAGCGCAUGAAGACCUGGAGUGUGCACCCUCGACAAACUCCUCGCAGCUUAGUGAAAAUGCUCUCAAAGCUUUUCAAAAGGUUGACAGAUGCAUUCCCGACGAAGACGACGAUGACAUGGAGCCUCUUGAUAUGCUUUUCUAUAGACUAGUUUCCCCAGUACUGGACCAGCUGACCCACGACGAGGUGAUUAUCAUCCCUGACGGUUAUCUUUUCAUGGUGCCAUUCGCUGCUCUUCAAGAUCCCAAAACAGGCAAGUUUUUAUCGAAAACCAAACGCAUUCGACUGGCUCCUUCUCUGACGACGUUAAAAAUUCUACAAGAAUCCUCACAUGACAAGAAUGUUAGGUCAGGUGCUCUGAUCAUUGGAAACCCCACAACUGGACACGUCAGUCGUAAUGGUCGUACAGUGAUGUUCUCCCCGUUGCCCGGUGCCGAAGAUGAAGCCAUAAAGAUUAGUAAUCUUCUUGGUGUACAGCCAUUGAUWGGKWCUCAAGCAACAAAAGAARCAGUCCUAAGAAGACUUCAACAAGGUGUGUCAAUUAUYCAUUUUGCUGCACAUGGUAGUAAGGAAAAUGGACAGAUUGCUCUCGCUCCKYCUAAACCUACGACGUACUCGAGUCCAGCAGAGGAGAAKGACUGCRUCUUGACAAUGAAAGAAGUACAAGAGAGUGGAAUUCGUGCUCAACUGGUUGUCCUCAGCUGUUGCUACAGUGGUCGAGGAGACAUCAGGUCUGAAGGAGUUGUUGGGAUGACUCGAGCCUUUCUUGCUGCAGGAGCUCGUGCCGUUGUAGCGUCAUUGUGGGCAAUUGAUGACACAGCAACAAUGUUCUUCAUGCUGAAAUUCUAUUCCCAUCUUAAGAAUGGAGAGAGUGCGAGUAAGAGUCUGCAGCAGGCAAUGAWRGASAUGAGAGAGAUAUACGAGGAACCAAUGUACUGGGCUGGAUUCUUUCUGAUUGGAGACGAUGUCACCAUCACAGUAUGAUCGAACAUUAAUUAGAUAAGUCAACAAUUUCAGUAAUUUCAAAUGAGUGUUCACUUUAAUCUAUUGUUUGACAAAUGUUUUUCUUCAUA